AGGAUUAUUCCUGUCUGUAAAGGAACAGAGAGAACAAACAAGCAUUAGUUCACUAGAACCACUUUCUAUGCUCAAACCAUAACAGUGACCCGUUCUGUUUUGAUCAUUAAAAGUAACACAGCUGAAAGGGAAGAAGAUGAAAGUCAUCUGAAAUAAACCUGCAUGUUUUAAAGCAACCCUUACUUGUUCUGAAUUGUAAAUAUUGUAUAAAAAUACAGUGAACUAGAGGUUUUCCAGAACAGUGUUCUAUAGCAGACUGAACAUGUGAGGUUCUAAUGACAUGAUUUUAAUCAGAACGGGUUCUGAUCUAAAGUGGGCUGGUCUGAGGCCUCAAACUCCAGGACUGAAAAUGAAUCCCACUGCUCAAACUAAGUGGAUUUGACUGUGAUCUCUGCCUGUUUCCCUGUCAGUACCAUCAGUGAUGAAAGCGUUAAAAAGCCUCAAUCUCCUCCAGUCUGUUGACUUUAAUCAUCAGGUUGAUCAGAGAACAGACAGCUGCCUCACUGGAACGUUAGUAGCUGUGACUUGUAGAGGACUGGGAUGUUUCUUCCACUUUCUACAGUCUGCUGCCUGAACUGAGCUCAGAAACACACUAUGUUGAUGUGAGCCACUAGUUUUAUUAGUGUCUGCAUGGAACCAACAGCUGAUGGUCAAGUCAGAGAGAUUCAGUACGGUUCACAAACAUUCACACAGCAUUUAUUAAACGAUAACUUUGGAUGGAGUUUCAGUCUGGAUGAGGUGGAGUCCUGACUGGUUCCAGGAAACAGAUCACCUGUCUGAGCGUCCAGGAGUGGACUGGAAACUUUCUUCUUCUUCUUCAGCGCUUUGAAUAAAGUGUGAAGGUAGAAAGUGUGUGUGAGCUGCUGUGAGUUGAGCAUCAUGGAUGAGUGUGAGGACAGAGAGGAGGGAGUCCCUCCCUCUAAAAGCUCUCUGUGUGGGGAACAGGAGAACCAGAGCAAAGCUCAGAGGAAUCCACCUGGACCUGGAUCUGGACCUGGACCUGGACCUGCAUCCAGCUGUGUGUCCUUCAAGAGUGACCGGUCUAUGGAUAUUCCUCUUCAUUUUAAAGGAGAACCAGGUCCUGCUGCAGAGAGGAAUCCACCUGGACCUGGACCUGGACCUGGACCUGGACCUGGACCUGCAUCCAGCUGUGUGUCCUUCAAGAAUGACCGGUCUAAGCGUCGCCUCAUUGACUUUAAAGAUCAUCAACCUCCUGCUGCAAAGAGAAUCCAUCAGAGAUCAGAGUCGUCUGGACCUGGACCUCCAUCCAGCUGUGUGUCCUUCAAGAGUGACUGGUCUAUGCCUCUUCCUCUUAACUUCAAAGGAGAACCAGGUCCUGCUGCAGAGAGGAAUCCACCUGGACCUGGACCUGGACCUGGACCUGGACCUGCAUCCAGCUGUGUGUCCUUCAAGAGUGACCGGUCUAAGGGUAUUCCUCUUUAUUUCAAAGGAGAACCAGGUCCUGCUGCAGAGAGAGUGGAGCAGCAGAACUCAGAGGUUCCCAGAGCUCAGUCUGUCCAGCAGCAUCACCUGGACUCCAUAUUCAUGCUGCUGGAGGACAACAUGGUGACUUUUGUGAAGAAGGAGCUGAAGAAGAUGCAGAAGCUUGUGAGUCCAGAUUACCCAGAAUGCUCCUCAGAGAGUCAGAGGGAGGAUGAGGAGGAGUUGGAGGGUGAUGAUGAUGAGAGGAGCAGCAGAGAGAUGUUUGAGCAGAUCACAGUGUUGUUCCUGAGGAGGAUGAAGCAGGAGAAGCUGGCUGACUGUCUGCAGAGCAAAUUUGCUGCUGCUUGUGGACGUGAACUUAAACGUGGUCUGAAGAAGAAGUUCCAGAGAGUGUUUGAGGGCAUCGCUAAAGCAGGACAGAAGACCCUCCUGAAUGAGAUCUACACAGAGCUGUACAUCACAGAGGGAGGGACUGCAGAGGUCAAUGAUGAACAUGAGGUCAGACAGAUUGAAGCAGCAUCCAGGAAAGCAGACAGAGCAGAAAGAAGGAUCAGAGCAGAAGACAUCCUUAAAGACUCACCUGGAGGAGAUGGACCAAUCAGAACAGUGAUGACAAAGGGAGUGGCUGGCAUCGGGAAAACAGUGUUAACACAGAAGUUGACUCUGGACUGGACUGAAGACAAAAGCAACCAGGACAUCCACUUCAUGUUUCCACUGACUUUCAGAGAGCUGAAUGUGGUGAAAGAGAGAAAGUUCAGCUUGAUGGAACUUGUUCAUCACUUCUUCAGUGAAACCAAAGCAGCAGGAAUGUGCAGCUUUGAAGACUUCCAGGUUGUGUUGAUCUUUGACGGUCUGGAUGAGUGUCGCCUUCCUCUGGACUUCCACAACAAUGAGGUCCUGACUGAUGUUAGAGAGUCCACCUCAGUGGAUGUGCUGCUGACAAACCUGAUCAGGGGGAAUCUGCUUCCCUCUGCUCGCCUCUGGAUAACCACACGACCUGCAGCAGCCAAUCAGAUCCCUCCUGACUGUGUGGACAUGGUGACGGAGGUCAGAGGGUUCACCGACCCACAGAAGGAGGAGUACUUCAGGAAGAGAUUCAGAGAUAAGAAGAAGGCCAGCAGCAUCAUCUCCCACAUGAAGAAGUCACGAAGCCUCCACAUCAUGUGCCACAUCCCAGUGUUCUGCUGGAUCACUGCUACAGUUCUGGAGGAGCUGCUGAGAAGCAGAGAGGGAGGAGAUCUGCCCAGAACCCUGACUGAGAUGUUCAUCCACCACCUGGUGGUUCAGGCCAAAGUCAAGAAGGUCAAGUAUGAUGGAGGAGCUGAGAUAGAUCCACACUGGAGUCCAGACAGCAGGAAGAUGAUUGAAUCUCUGGGAAAACUGGCUUUUAAUCAGCUGCAGAGAGGAAACCUGAUCUUCUAUGAGUCCGACCUGACAGAGUGUGGCAUCGAUGUGGAAGCAGCCUCAGUGUACUCAGGAGUGUUCACACAGAUCUUUAAAGAGGAGAGAGGACUGUACCAGGACAAGGUGUUCUGCUUCGUCCAUCUGAGUGUUCAUGAGUUUCUGGCUGCUCUUUAUGUCCAUCAGACCUUCAUCAACUCUGGAAUCAACCUGAUGGAAGAAAAACAACAAACUGCCGCCAACAAACCUGAUCCAACAGUUUUCUACCAGAGAGCUGUGGACGAGGCCUUACAGAGUCCAAACGGACACCUGGACUUGUUCCUGCGCUUCCUCCUGGGUCUGUCACUGCCGACCAAUCAGAAUCUUCUACGAGGCCUGCUGACACAGACAGGAAGUAGCUCACAGACCAAUCAGAAAACAGUGGAGUACAUCAAGAAGAAGAUCAGUGAGGAUGUGUCUGCAGAGAGAAGCAUCAAUCUGUUCCACUGUCUGAAUGAACUGAAGGAUGUUUCUCUAGUGGAGGAGGUCCAACAGUCCCUGAGAUCAGGAUGUCUGUCCACAGAUGAACUGUCUCCUGCUCAGUGGUCAGCUCUGGGCUUCAUCUUACUGUCAUCAGAAGAACAUCUGGACGUGUUUGACCUGAAGAAAUACUCUGCUUCAGAGGAGGUUCUUCUGAGGCUGCUGCCAGUGGUCAAAGCCUCCAAGAAAGUUGUACUGAGUGGCUGUAAUCUGUCAGAGAGAAGCUGUGGAGCUCUGUCCUCAGUCCUCAGCUCCCAGUCCUCCAGUGUGACAGAGCUGGACCUGACUAACAACAACCUGCAGGAUUCAGGAGUGGAGAGUCUUUCUGCUGGACUGGAGAGUCCACACUGUAAACUGGAAGCUCUCAGACUGAGUGGCUGUAAUCUGUCAGAGAGAAGCUGUGGAGCUCUGUCCUCAGUCCUCAGCUCCCAGUCCUCCAGUGUGACAGAGCUGGACCUGAGUAACAACAACCUGCAGGAUUCAGGAGUGGAGAGUCUUUCUGCUGGACUGGAGAGUCCACACUGUAAACUGGAAGCUCUCAGACUUAAUAACUGUAAUCUGUCAGAGAGAAGCUGUGGAGCUCUGUCCUCAGUCCUCAGCUCCCAGUCCUCCAGUGUGACAGAGCUGGACCUGAGUAACAACAACCUGCAGGAUUCAGGAGUGGAGAGUCUUUCUGCUGGACUGGAGAGUCCACACUGUAAACUGGAAGCUCUCAGGCUGUCAGGCUGUCUGGUCACAGAGGAAGGCUGUGCUUCUCUGGCCUCAGCUCUGAGCUUGAAGACCUCAAAUCUGAGAGAGCUGGACCUGAGCUACAACCAUCCAGGAGACUCAGGAGAGAAGAUGCUGAGAGCUAAAGUGGAGGAUCCACACUGUAGACUGGAAACUCUGAGGGUGACGCCUGCUGGAGUCCCAUGGUUGACACCAGGUCUGAGGAAGUAUUCCUGUCAACUCACAGUCGACACAAACACAGUAAACAGAAAACUCAGACUGUCUGACAACAACAGGAAGGUGACACGUGUGGGGUGGGAUCAGAGGUAUCCUGAUCAUCCAGACAGGUUUGAAUACUGUGAACAGCUGCUGUGUAGAACUGGUCUGACUGGUCGCUGUUACUGGGAGGUGGAGUGGAGAGGAAGGGUUAGUAUAUCAGUGAGUUACAGAGGAAUCAGAAGGAAAGGAAACAGUUAUGACUGUAUGUUUGGAUCUAAUGAUCAGUCCUGGAGUCUGAUCUGCUCUGAUGAUGGUGGUUACUAUGUCAUUCACAAUAACAGUAAAACAUCCAUCAGGUCCUCCUCAGUCUCUCACAGAGUUUCAGUUUAUGUGGACGUUCCUGCUGGAACUCUGUCCUUCUACAGAGUCUCCUCUGACUCUCUGAUCCACCUCCACACCUUCAACACCACAUUCACUGAACCUCUCUAUCCUGGAUUUGGGUUCUACUGGUCCAGUUCUGGUUCCUCCUCAGUGUCUCUGUGUUGAGUCUCGUCUCCAGAGUCUCCUCCUGGUACAGAAACAGUGUUGAACAGAUGGUUGAGUCUCUCCAUGACUCUGUCCCUCACAAACAUGUUUUCACAUUCAUGGAUUAAAUGUGUUUCUUUGUCAAAUCCUUCUCAAUGAUUCCUUGUAAACUUGUUCCUCUUCAAAGAUGAAGUUGUGAUUCUUCCAGGAGCCAAAUGUGGUGUUUGCGUCUUUUUCCAGUCAAAUGUUGAGAGUGAAAAUCAGGAUGUGGUGUUCCUCUGACGCUCACUGGAACUAAAAGCAUUUGAGCUGCACAAAGUGUGAAAUGAGAGAGGAAGCAGUGAAUCUCCAAACUGCUGACAGACUUUCACACAUUAUUGUCCAGUGAAAAUCAGCUUUUUGUGCAGCCACACUUGAUCCUGAUGUGAGUCUUUAAGUCCUGUUCUAGUGAUGAAAUGAGAACUUCCUUCAUCUGUGUCACUCUUUCCAAAGUAUUCUGUGCUCUUCUGUCAUUUAUGUCUUAUUGAUAGAUCCAUUUUUCAUUUUUACUAUAAAUAAGUGCUUCAAUGUUUUUUCAUCAGUUUUUUUAUCAGAUUCUGAAUUUCUGGUUUCAUCAACAAAUUCUAUCAGAUUGUAUUUUUCCAUCAAAGCUCCCAUAACCCUAGCUAUCUGUGGAUCAAAAUGUUUUCAGCAUCGAUAUGAUUCCAGUAGAAUUUAAACCCACCAGGACUAUCCAGAUUACAUUGAACUCUGUAAAUUCUACAUUUUUUAGCCUGUUUCAUUCUAUAAAUGUUGUGUUUGGCCGUUAAAGGAGCUUUUCCUCACAUUGUGCUGUAUUUGAACCCUUCCAUGCUCUAAAUUCUUUGAACAGAUCUUGUGCUGUAAUCAAUGUCUAACUUAGUUUUUAUUUUCAUUGCAGUGGUUGAUUUUUCCUGAACAAGAUCAAUGAUUUUAAUACGUCUUUCUCCACUUUUAUUUGCUCUGCCUGUGGCUUUUAAACUAUUCUAACUUUCUUUUUUAUUCAAUAAAUGACUAAUAACACA